AUGUUCUCAGGGGUCAGGGUCCUCAGCGCCCCCUGCCGCAGGGCCCAGCGCUGGUUCUCCUCAGGCUCGGCUCUGACCCUGGAUCAGUUGGUCCUGAACCUGAAGCAGCACAAGUACCAGAAAGUCCUUGUGAUGGUGGGGGCCGGGAUCAGCACUCCCAGCGGCGUCCCGGACUUCAGGUACUGUCUGCAUCAGGUACUGUCUGCAUCAGGUACUGUCUGCAUCAGGUACUGUCUGCACCAGGUACUGUCUGCAUCAGGUACUGUCCGCAUCAGGUACUGUCUGCAUCAGGUACUGUCUGCAUCAGGUACUGUCCGCAUCAGGUACUGUCUCCAUCAGGUACUGUCUGCAUCAGGUACUGUCUGCAUCAGGUACUGUCUGCAUCAGGUACUGUCCGCAUCAGGUACUGUCCGCAUCAGGUACUGUCCGCAUCAGGUACUGUCUCCAUCAGGUACUGUCCGCAUCAGGUACUGUCUGCAUCAGGUACUGUCCGCAUCAGGUACUGUCCGCAUCAGGUACUGUCUGCAUCAGGUACUGUCCGCAUCAGGUACUGUCCGCAUCAGGUACUGUCUGCAUCAGGUACUGUCUGCAUCAGGUAUUGUCUCCAUCAGGUACUGUCUGCAUCAGGUACUGUCUGCAUCAGGUACUGUCUGCAUCAGGUACUGUCUGCAUCAGUUAUUGUCUGCAUCAGGUACUGUCUGCAUCAGGUACUGUCUGCAUCAGGUACUGUCUGCAUCAGGUAUUGUCUCCAUCAGGUACUGUCUGCAUCAGGUACUGUCUGCAUCAGGUACUGUCUGCAUCAGUUAUUGUCUGCAUCAGGUACUGUCUGCAUCAGGUAUUGUCUCCAUCAGGUACUGUCUGCAUCAGGUACUGAGUCCAUCAGGUACUGUCUGCAUCAGGUACUCCAUCAGGUACUCUAUCAGGUACUGUCUGCAUCCGGUACUGAGUCCACCAGGUACUGUCUCCAUCAGGUACUGUCUGCAUCAGGUACUGUCUGCAUCAGGUACUGAGUCCAUCAGGUACUGUCUGCAUCAGGUACUGUCUGCAUCAGUUAUUGUCUGCAUCAGGUACUGUCUGCAUCAGGUACUGUCUGCAUCAGGUACUGUCUGCAUCAGGUACUGUCUGCAUCAGGUACUGUCUGCAUCAGGUAUUGUCUCCAUCAGGUACUGUCUGCAUCAGGUACUGUCUGCAUCAGGUACUGUCUCCAGCAGGUACUGUCUGCAUCAGGUACUGUCUGCAUCAGGUACUGAGUCCAUCAGGUACUGUCUGCAUCAGGUACUGUCUGCAUCAGGUACUGUCUGCAUCAGGUACUCCAUCAGGUACUGUCUGCAUCCGGUACUGAGUCCACCAGGUACUGUCUCCAUCAGGUACUGUCUCCAUCAGGUACUGUCUGCAUCAGGUACUGUCUCCAUCAGGUACUGUCUGAAUCAGGUACUGUCUGCAUCAGGUAUUGUCUCCAUCAGGUACUGUCUGCAUCAGGUACUGUCUCCAUCAGGUACUGUCUGCAUCAGGUACUGUCUGCAUCAGGUACUGUCUCCAUCAGGUACUGUCUCCAUCAGGUACUGUCUGAAUCAGGUACUGUCUGCAUCAGGUACUGUCUCCAUCAGGUACUGUCUGCAUCAGGUACUGUCUCCAUCAGGUACUGUCUGCAUCAGGUACUGUCUGCAUCAGGUACUGUCUGCAUCAGUUAUUGUCUGCAUCAGGUACUGUCUGCAUCAGGUACUGUCUGCAUCAGGUACUGUCUGCAUCAGGUACUGUCUGCAUCAGGUACUGUCUGCAUCAGGUACUGUCUGCAUCAGGUACUGUCUGCAUCAGGUACUGUCUCCAUCAGGUACUGUCUGCAUCAGGUACUGUCUGCAUCAGGUACUGUCUCCAUCAGGUACUGUCUGCAUCAGGUACUGUCUGCAUCAGGUACUGUCUGCAUCAGGUACUGUCUCCAUCAGGUACUGUCUGCAUCAGGUACUGUCUGCAUCAGGUACUGUCCGCAUCAGGUACUGUCUGCAUCAGGUACUGUCUGCAUCAGGUACUGAGCCCAUCAGGUACUGUCUGCAUCAGGUACUGUCUGCAUCAGGUACUGUCUGCAUCAGGUACUGUCUGCAUCAGGUACUGUCUGCACCAGGUACUGAGUCCAUCAGGAUAGAGCCCACCGGACAUCAGCUCAACCCCCCGCGGCUGGAGGAAGGCCACGCCCACUCAUCGUCCUCUUGUUACCAAGAGAAGGAGCCUUCAGCGUCUUGCGAGAGAGAAAGGCCAACUGGAGUUCAGUGGAAGUCCGAUACCAGCUGUGUGGAGUUUAGAACCCUUCUCCCCAUGGUCGUACCAUCGACCCUUCUCUCCAUGCUCGUACCAUCGACCCUUCCCCAUGCUCGUACCAUCGACCCUUCUCCCCAUGCUCGUACCAUCGACCCUUCUCCCCAUGCUCGUACCAUCGACUCUUCUCCUCAUGCUCGUACCAUCGACUCUUCUCCUCAUGCUCGUACCAUCGACCCUUCUCCCCAUGCUCGUACCAUCGACCCUUCCCCAUGCUCGUACCAUCGACCCUUCUCCCCAUGGUCGUACCAUCGACCCUUCUCUCCAUGCUCGUACCAUCGACCCUUCCCCAUGCUCGUACCAUCGACCCUUCUCCCCAUGCUCGUACCAUCGACUCUUCUCCUCAUGCUCGUACCAUCGACCCUUCUCCCCAUGCUCGUACCAUCGACCCUUCCCCAUGCUCGUACCAUCGACCCUUCCCCAUGCUCAUACCAUCGACCCUUCUCCCCAUGGUCGUACCAUCGACCCUUCUCCCCAUGGUCGUACCAUCGACCCUUCUCUCCAUGCUCGUACCAUCGACCCUUCUCCAUGCUCGUACCAUCGACCCUUCUCCAUGCUCGUACCAUCGACCCUUCUCCCCAUGCUCGUACCAUCGACCCUUCUCCCCAUGCUCGUACCAUCGACUCUUCUCCUCAUGCUCGUACCAUCGACCCUUCUCCCCAUGCUCGUACCAUCGACUCUUCUCCUCAUGCUCGUACCAUCGACCCUUCUCCCCAUGCUCGUACCAUCGACCCUUCUCCCCAUGCUCGUACCAUCGACCCUUCCCCAUGCUCGUACCAUCGACCCUUCCCCAUGCUCAUACCAUCGACCCUUCUCCCCAUGGUCGUACCAUCGACCUUCUCCUGGUCGUACCAUCGACCCUUCUCCCCAUGGUCGUACCAUCGACUGCUUCUCCUCCAUGCUCGUACCAUCGACCCUUCUCCCCAUGCUCGUACCAUCGACCCUUCUCCCCAUGCUCGUACCAUCGACUUCUGCUCGUCUCCAGGCAGCGGUCUGUACUCCCGGCUGCAGCAGUACCGGUUGCCGUACGCGGAGGCCAUCUUUGACCUGGACUACUUCCUGCAGGACCCCAGACCCUUCUUCUCUGUGGCCAAAGACCUGUGUCCUGGGACCUCUGGGACCUCUGGGACCUGUGCUCCCAGCGAGGCCCACGCCCUCUGCCGCCUCCUGCUGGACAAAGGCCUGCUACUGCGCCUCUACACUCAGAACAUCGACGGCCUGGAGCGAUGUGAGUCCUUGUAA